AUGGACUUUUACAAGGAUAAUUCACAUUCUAAUAAUGACCAUAUAUAUCCGAUAUUGCCAAAGAAAGACCUGCCAUUUCGUCCGUGGAACGCGAAAGCUUUGGAACUGAAUGUUGAGGUUGCGGAUCCGACGAGAAACACCGAUGAUCGUUCAAUAUUUGUUAACGACAAGUAUCAUUGCGAACGAUUCCCGGUUAAUCCUGAGAAUUCCAAAAUUUCCGAACGAUAUUGCACUCGCAGCAUCGAAGUGGACACUGUUGUUGAAAAGGAAAAGGAAAAUACCAAAUUUUCUAAGAGAGGAAAUGGUUUUCAAAAAAAUUUCAUGGACAAAGGAAAGCAGCAGAUCAUCAACGAAGGAAGACCUCGAGAUAUCGGUUGCGAUUACGCCAAAGAUGAUUGUGAAAAUUCAAGGUCGGGAUCCAGUGAAUCAAGAACAAAGAUAUAUACUAACUCUUGGGAAAUUCCGGCGAACACCAUGAUUGCCGAGGUUGAUGAAAAAAUGAUGGAACCCAUUCAUGACAAUACAAGCGCCUUCUACCAACAGACAAAACACAUUGAUCGUUACCACCACAAGUUUUCUGACGCGACUGGCAAAAAAAAUCAAAAAAUAUCAAGUAACAACAGUUUAUCAAAUGAAGAGCUUAAAACCUCUUCGGUCAAGAAUCAAGUCGUGUUUGAGGGAUCAUCAGAUGGGACAGUCACUUCAAAAACGUGGAAAGAAGUAAACAAUAAAAACCUGGAAUGGAAUCAACCUUGUAUCCCACAGUAUUUAGAGAAUCUCAAAACUGAAUUGACGCUCGACGAGGGUAAAAAUGAUUGUGCAGACGAUAUCUUUCUAACAGGAAAUGUUAGACCUGGGUGUGAUGAUGUGAACAGAAUCAGCAGAAAUGAAUGUGAUCAUAACAAAGCUUCUCAAGAAUUUCGUAAAGCUAAGACUUAUCUGGCAGGUGAAAGAUCGACCAUAUCGACAUGGUGUCAGUCUGAUGUUUUCCAGGUUGCAGAUAAUGUUAGACCUGCGUGGGGAGAUGGGAACAAAAGUAGAACAGCAGAUCAGGAUCGGUCACAAUUCCUUCGAAAAUUUGAUGUGACUAGAGAUGACAGGGUUAAUGAGACAGUAUGUAACGUUAAGUCUGGUUGGGGAGAUAAAGAUGAAACUAAAAGGUCCGAAUGGAAUCAACCAAAAGUCUCUCGUGUGCUUGAUGAAAUUGAGAAUGAUUGGGCAAUCAAAAAAAAUAUCAUAUCAAAGCAGGUUGAGGCUGUAGAUGGGUGGUGUAACAAAGAGAAACAUUUAAUAUUGGAUUCAAGAGAAUUCAAGGACAACGAAUCUUCCAACUUAGUAAAUUACGAAAAGAUUGAAAAGAAAAACUGGAGUUCAACUAUGAGAGAUGUUAGAGGUUUAUCGAGUGACAAGAAGCAAGGUUUGAUGCGAGAACUCAAUGUUGCUCAUAAGAAAGCAGAUAUUGAAAAAUGCGAUGAAGAGGAAAUUGAAGUUGGUUGUGAUAAUUUGUCGAUAAAAAAUAAUCACCAUAACGGCACCGAGGAGAUUCACAAAACUACCAAUUGGAAUAAAUUAACCGGGAAAUCUCCUGAAGGUUUAAAAACUCACUUAAAAACAGAUUGGAAUGAUGCGAGAAGGCAAUCACCAAAUGAAUAUGAAAAGAACUUUGCAUCGAGUAAACAAUGGUCAAAUGUAGCCCGGAGAACGCCAAAAAAAGAAAUUGGAGAACUCAUGGAAAACGAUUCCCAAAAUGAUCAAUUUGAGAAAGAUGCCAUAAUUGAUGUGAGAGAAAGAAUCGAUAAGAUGAUUAUUAAUCCUGAUGUUACCGACAACAAAACCCAAUGCUUAAAUCCAGCUGAGCAAUCAAGUUAUGCGUCUCGGAACGAAGUUCCUGAAAUAAAAGUGAAUCAACUAGUGUUUGACGGUUUGAAGUUUGUACCCGAGCCCAAUACUCUUGACGUUGAACCUUUGAUCAACCUUGGGUCUCCACGUCCAUCACCCGCACAUGUUCUUCCUUCAUCAUCAAAAUUAGAAGAGGAAUUAAAACAAAUCAAUUUCUUCGAAUAUUUAAAACAAGAGAUGGAAAAAGAAGCUAACGAAGCGAAAAAGAAAAGUCAGGCUCCGGGAACGUCGUUUCGAAAAUCAAGUUUCUUGAAGGAGUUUGACCCCUUAUCAUGA